AUGACCUCGGCAGCAAGUUCGCUCGGUUUUCUGGAACCCAAUUAUACUUCCCCCGCGGGCGUCGAGAUCUAUAACCCUUCCACACUUUUCACGCCAACUGGGCCAUGGAGCCUGAUGUCGAAGGCUGGCAAUACCCUCUAUGUUGCCGGUAUGCGAGGGAUCUACUCUUCCAACGAUACGCUUGCUCCGGUCGGGAUUGAGCGAAUUCGCCAGGCCUAUGCCAACAUGAUCCAACUCGCCGAGCUGGCCGGCACUGAUCGUUUCUCGGCGGUCCGUCUAGUUGUCUACACCACGGACAUGUAUCGGUACAGGCCGCUGUGCAACCAGGCACAGACGGAGUUUUGGGGUGAAGAUCCCAAUAGACACCCUCCCCGGUCAAUCAUUGAAGUGCAGAGGUUGAAUGACGACGACAUCGUUGAAGUGGAAGGAACUUUCCUGGUCCCUUCGACUCAAGGUACCUGA